GAUCCGGACGUCAAAGUACGCCGCUUUAGGAAGCCGGCUUCCGGAGUCUCAUUUUUGCAACCGGGUCUCUGAGGUGUGGGAUAUCGGCGGGAAUGAGGCAGAAGCACUACCUUGAGGCCGCGGCGUGGAAACUACGAGACAGCUGCCCGGGCCAGGCCCGCUACCUCCUCUGGGCCUACAGCUCGUCACACGAUGAUAAAAGCACUUUUGAAGGAACAUGUCCAUACUGUUUCCAGUUGCUUGUUCAGGAUAAAUCUCGAGUGCGCCUCAAACCCAAGCCCAAACUGACACCCAGAAUACAGAAACUUCUGAAUCGAGAAGCAAGAAAUUAUACACUCAGUUUUAAAGAAGCAAAAAUUCUGAAAAAGUACAAAGACUCCAAAAGUGUGCUGUUGAUUACUUGUAAAACAUGCAACAGAACAGUUAAACAUCAUGGGAAAAGCAGAAGCUUUCUGUCAGCAGUGAAGAGCAAUCCUACCACUCCUAUGAGUAAACUCAGCCUGAAGACCCCAGAGAGAAAGACUCCAAAUUCUGCAAACCUAAAUCAUAUGUCUGGUUCCAAAGGCAAGAGCCCAGCAUUGAUUUUCAGAACACCUGCAUCUGGACAGUCAACAUCCAUUUGUUCCUCAAAGCAUGCAAGCAAAACAAAGAAACACUUCUCUCAACUAAAAAUGUUGCUUAGUCAGAGUGAAUCCAAAAAGAAUCCAAAGAUGGACUUCAGAAAUUUCUUAUCUUCUUUGUAAAAGAUAGACUAUGAAAGUAAAUGUUUAAUGCAAUUUCUGAAACUAAGUUAGAAAAACUGCUUUUUAAAAAAGUUACUUAUUCUUAAAAUAAAUGGAAACUCAGGUCCAAGAGCAAACUUUUCUUGGCAUUCUUCAGUGUUUAUGGAGAAAAUAGCUCCUUGGAAUGAAAAAAUUAACCAUGCCUGCCUCACAGAGUGAUUGCAAGGAUCAAAAAUAUAUGAAAGGUAAGUAGUAAAGAUAAAUAUGGACAGUGAGUGGUUAUAUUAUGAUUUUCUCCUCCCCUAAGUUUUCAUGAUUUAUGUCCUUUUCUUUCAUAAGGAAAUUGAGACCAUUAUAAGUGCUCUACUUACUCCUUUCUAGCUGUCUGUGGCCUUACUGUUAAUUCAGAAAAAGUGUACACUAUAAUGUUUCACUGUAAGUGGCAUUUCAUUUGCUCUGGUGAAUACCUACUAUUAGGUCUAAAAUUUAUAUUGGAACAUAACACAGUAACUAUCUUAGCUUAGCUAAGAUAGCUGUCUUAGUUUAGCUAUCUUAAAUAUUUCCUGGAACAUAGAUAUGCUUUUUUAAAAUGAUAGGCUAGGAUUAUAUUCAACCUGUGUUUUAAAAGCUCUUUAAGUAAUUUACUUUAUAAUCUGUUUCCAAACCUCUUUGCUACUUAAAAGUUUAAAACUUAAAUUUCUUAAGAACAUACAGUGAAGAAAGGACAAUCUCUUCAGUAAAUCGUACUAGGAAAACUGAACAGCUACAUGGAAAAAAAAUGAAACUACCACUAUCUCACACCAUACAUAAAAAUUAAAUUAACUCAUAGUGAAUUAAAGACUUGAAUGUUAAGACCUGAAACUAUAAAACUCCUAGAAGAAAUCAUAGGCAGUAUGCUCUUUAACAUCAUCUUUGCAUUAUCUUUCUAGGUAUGUCUCUUCAGGCAAGGGAAACAGAACCAAAAAUAAAUGGGAUUACAUCAAAUUAAAAAGCUUCCAUACAGCAAAGGAAACCAAUAAAAUGAAAACCUACUGAAUGGGAUAAGAUAGCUGCAAAUAAUAUAGCUGAUAAGGGGUUGAUAAACUCAUAUAACUCAACAACAACAAUACAUAUAACCUGUUAAAAAGUGGGCAGACUGCCUUGGGGCCUGGAGAUGCCUCCCCUUAUGGGCCUAGCCCAGCCGGAGGGGUAGAGGCUUGGAACAGGCAGCAGGGAAAGAUCAUGUAAUCAAGAAUUAUUUAAACUGUUUGCUGGACUUCAUUUACCAUUAUGAUGGGAUAUAAAAGUUUUAAGGGCUUUUGCCAAAAAAAAAAAAAAAAAAUCUAUGAACCAGCUCUAUACCAGUUCUAA